CUACCUUUCAUUUUCUAAGUUUAAUGAAAGCAAAAAAGAAGAACACAGCAGCUCCCGUCUAGGUCUCUCCCUCGCGCGUCGUCAAUCACACUUCUGCGCAGCAGAUCGCGUCUGCCCAGUCGUCCUCCACCCGUUGCCGCCGGCAAGUUUCUGUAUUUUCUUCUCCCUUUAUUUCCUUGACCCUCACGGUUUUCUUCUACUACACACCACUGCUGUCGUCCUCAGCUGUUGCCUCUCUCGCCGCCGUCGCUGAAUUCGUGGUUGAGGGUUGAUUUGAAGAUUUUCGAGGUGUUGUCCAAGGUGAUUAAGGUUGUUUUAGCAACUUUUUGUUAUCACAGUUGCCAUGUUUUGUUGUAAUAUCAGAAGUUGCGAUUAAAGUAACCACCUCAAAUGACGAAGAGGAAUAUCCAAUAGAAGGGCAUUCUAGGGUUCACGAUCUCUGCAGACAAAAUGUCCUCGAUUGGAACAUCCAAGGGAAUUCUGGAGAUCGCCAAGUUUGGGAUUUAUGUUACUAUACCUAUCGUUCUAAUGUACACCUUUGCCAACAAUAGCAAAAACCUGCAGAGAUUCAUGGGCAAAUCUUACAUAGUGUAUCCUCCCGAGGGACCAAGGCCUCCGUCUCCAGAAGAAGUAAGAGAGAUGGCACGCGAAUUGGCUCGAAAGAACAACAUUCAUCGAUGAUAUGUGGUCUUAUGUCUACUGCAAUUCAGGUCGUAUUUCUGGGGUUGUCGAGCUAUUUGGAUUGCAUGUGUUAGGUUUAUAUAAGUGAUUGAUGACUAUCAUCAACACAGGUGGGAUAAAGUAAAUAAAGGUCAAGCUCAACUUCCUACCUAUACGGUUGUGCUUUAGUAGGGAAACAGGAAACCAUUUAACCAUAAGAGCUAUUGCUCAACUGGGUGUUAUGGUUAUGUGAUAGAUAAUGAGAUAAAUAUUUCUGUUUCUAUCAUUACGAUGUCAUUGAAUUA